GAACUCAAACUAGAUGAUGUUACUAUUUUCAGUACAUUGCUUAUCCUGUUUCUCUGAGCAGUUAUUCUUACCUGUUCAUAGACCUUACUAAAUUUAUUCUAUUUUCACUGUUAGUUGACUGCAAGUUUAUUUAUAUGAUAUUGUUGAUGUUUCUGCACACUAACUGCUAUGGAACAAGCAUGCUCCUAACGAUCUAUUUGUCAUACUUUGGUCCGUAAUUUAAAGGAGGUAACAGGAUGUUAACUUUGCAACUUCUUCUUCAAGUUUUAAAAUUUGUUACAUUCAAAUUCUGCCUAUAUGUUGACUAUCUCAGCUGUGUAACUCAACUGAAGACACAGCUAAUGCUAUGCAAUGCUGAGUGACAAAUAUACACAAGGCAUUUCAGGAUUUGAACACUUUUUUUUACAGAACAAUCAGGCAGACAGUGGAAAAUGCUGGAAAGACCGGUACUGGGUGAAGGCAAAUCUGUGGAUUGUGAUUUUUAGUUAUGUUGGAAACUACUUCUGGACUCAUUAUUUCUUCACAGUACUUGGAGCAUCAUACACUUUUCCUUCAUGGAGAAUGAACAAUGUCCCACAUGUUACUUUCCUUCUCACUCAUUCUUGUUUCCUGUUUUACCACAUGGCAUCAAAUAUAACACUUCGCAGACUGCGCCAUUUCCUCGCAGAUUUACCACAAUCAAUUCGCCUAGCCAGUGAAGCUGCAUGGAUUUUAGCUCUUUCUUAUUUUAUUGCUUAUCUGGAGACUUUAGCUAUUGCAAAUUUCCCCUACUAUGAGUUUGUUGAUCGGGAGUCGAUGUACAAAGUAGGAUCAUUGUUCUAUGCAAUUUAUUUCCUAGUGAGCUUCCCCAUGUUUGUGAGGGUAGAUGAGAAGGAUGAUCAACCAUGGGACCUUCCAAGGGUGGCUGUAGAUGCACUUGGUGCGGCGAUGCUUGUGACUAUAAUACUCGAUCUAUGGCGCAUAUUUCUUGGACCCAUAGUUCCGACUCCAGAAUGGCGGCAAUGCAGUCAACCAGGGCUUGCAUGGUUCCACAAAUCCUAGUAUAUGAUUUGGACCAGUAGGCCAACACUGCAACUUUAGUUAUCUGCAGUCUGUGCUUAGUAAUUAGACAUUUAGAUCAUCCUGUUUGUAUCUUCCAGAUGUGUUCCUUUCCUAAUUUGCUCUGUUUGAAGAACCAGGCGUUUCAAAAUGCUGAACUUGGUAUGCUAAAAUGCAAUCUGGGAUCUGAGAACGUCAAGUUGUUUCUUAGGACAAGUAAUUAAUUUGACUGUACUUCCAACA